ACUGCUUCCUUUUCUUUUUGUUUCCCGCCUUCUUCUCACUGCGGCUAUUUUGGCUUAUUCCUAUUGUUCGUGGUUGGUUGAUAUUAUUGUGAGCCAACGAUGGCUGCGGCUGCUGCAGCUCCGUUGUUCCUGAGCGAGGCUGGAGCGCGCGGAUUCGAGCUCUUGUUCCGAUCGAGCGUCUACUCUGAGACUGCACUGGGAUCGCGCGUGCUGAGCCCAGGCGACGCGACUGCAGAGCUCCUGCACGUCCUGCUUGGCAUCCCGACAUUGCAUGUGCGCAUUGCGUGGCAUUCCACAGCUGACGACCUGAUUGACGACGACAGCAACGACAGCGACAGGGACGGACGCGCUGAAUUUGGCGCCAAUUCGCGCCAGAAUGAAGGCUUCCCGCGCUUUGUACUCGCUUCUGCAGCGCCGGGGAUGCCGAUCGCCCGAUCACGGAUCAAGGACGGGAUGGUGGUGAUGGGCUCUGAUUCACAGCCAUCACCGCCGGAGGGUCAUGAUGAUGAGGACCCAAAUGCCGCAUCCGUGCGACUGGAAGGGCUCAGCGACAGCGCGUUCGCUGGAAUCGUCCAGCCAAUCCUCAACCAUGGCUCGCUCGUGCUGUACCUCGAGCAGUUUGUAGCACGUGCGUCCAGGGCUCGUCGAGAAAGCCAGACCGUCGAAGCCAUGGGGUUGGCCGUCGCCCAAUUCCUCCAAUGGCGACGUGCUGAGGUGCUGCGCGCCUUCGGACUCGAUCCAGAGCUGGGCCGCGCUGUCAAUUAUUCCGAAGAUGUGCAGAUUGCUGGGUUGGCUGAGGCCGUGUCGCUACAACGGCUGCAACAUGCCGCCGGCUGGCGUGACAUGACCCCGUUCAAAAUUUCAACCUCGAUGCACGCGUUAUUCCAACAGACUCAGCAGGUGUGCCACGACUGCCGGGCAGCGCUGCAACUGUUAACAAACCGCCAGCAAUGGCCUCCAUUGGGAUGUGCCGUCCUGAGCGCCCUCUAUACCAAUGUUCUAUUGCUUCGAGCCAUGCAGCUGCCUGGAGCGACCGCCAACCCUCGGCUUGAGCUCGAGCGUGCCGCGUCCAGGCCUUUUUUGCACUUUCUGAGCGAGUGGAUUUUCCGUGGAUGUGUGGCCGAUCCUUUGCAAGAGUUUGGGCUUGCGACAUCGGAAACUGGCAGCGCAGCACAAUCCGAAGUGUACUGGACGCACAGCGUCACCUUGGGCCACUUGGGUCAAGCGCAAAGUGGCCAGGUGUGGCUGCCAUCGUUUGCGGCUGAGAUUGGUGCGCAAAUUCUGCGAUCGGGCAAAAGCAUACGGCUGCUGUCGCGACUGACUCGCGGCCGUCAUUCCUUGCUUGCUGAUGGUGCCCUUCGUCAGCUCAGUCUAACUCCCGACAGCCGGCAUGGCAAGACUGCUGCUACUGCUGCCACCUCCGCGCGGCCACUCGAAGAUGCCGAUAGUUCAAAUUCGUUCUUGGACACGGUGAUUGAACCGGCAUUGUUGAGCAAGCCCAUUUCCACGGAUAUUGACUGGCUCGCUAUUGCUCGAGGCGGUCGGACUGACGCACUCGAGGACUCGAGCAGCGCAACUCCACCUCAGGGUUCCGACGCCCCGUUGUUGUUGCCGUAUCUCCCCGUGGUCACGGCAGCGAUGGAAUGGGGCGAACGGGUCAACAUCGCCCUCAUUCACGAAAUGUUUGCCCAGCAUUCCCUCGAUCGUGUUGCAGCGCAGCUCGUCGACUUGGUUUUGUGUCGGAAGGUUGACUUUUCCGAGGCACUUCUCAAUCGGCUGUUUGAAAUCGCAACAACGCGCCCUCCCGAUGUACUUCGGCCAGCUAUUCUUGCGCAGUGCCUCGAUGAUGCAUUUGGAACUGCGCCAUCUCGUGCAUUGUCCGAGCAGCGAGUUCGGCAAAGUUGUGUCCUGUCCGUCCAAGCUCCGCGCUUGCUCAGCGACAUGCAUUCCUACGAAACGGGCGAUGCCUCGCCGCUCGUAGCCUUGCUUCGGAUUGAACUAGUCCUCAGUGCUGGUUGGCCUUGCAACCUGGUCUUUACCAACAGCGUCAUGAUGGCGCUGAGUCGCUGUCGCUUACUACUCAUCCAGCUGAACUAUGCCCGAUGGUGCAUGUCGCGCUGUGCAGACUUUUUCCGCUCCGUAGAGCACAGCUUUACCCGCGACAACAAGAGUGCCGCUUCAAAACAGCAGGCGCGACUUUCUGUGCGGCACGACGUGCGCAUGCUGCACUACGAAUUGCAGCACUUUGUACAAUCGUUGUUUGCUUUCUUCAUGACUCGACUACUGGAGGUUACCUGUCAGCAGUUUGAGCAAAAUUUGAAGCUGUUUACUUCCCAUUUUGACGCUCUCCGUGACCUCGUGCAUGAUUGGAGCCAGGCGUGCGAGCGAAGCUGUUUUGUCUCUUCCGAGGCAGCACCCGCUUUAAAAAUCCUGGAUUCUCUCUUACGAAUGGUCAUUCAGUUCCGCUCGCUUGUGAUCAAUCACAAAAACGAACCACCCUCUCCCGCGGCGAUUCAAGACUUGCACCAAGAGUUCCGUAAAUAUUUGCAGCAUUUGAUAUCAGCUUGCGGUACUUUGACAGCGUCCGGGUUUGAUGUCACUCCGCUCGAGAAUCUGCUCUUGUGUUUGGAUUUGGGUGAUUUCUACCGACGAAACUGGCAAGCGUAGGCCAACUAUGGUUGUUGUUGUGCUACGCUUCGCUGUUUCUGUGUGAUGUGCAAGCGACAGAAGUGCACGACUUUUUGUAC